UCCUCGCGAUAUUACGCAAGCUUUCGACCGUCAAGCAGCUCGAUGAUUCCGCGUCGAUUGCUUUGUUUUGUACAGAGGUAGACAUGACUAGAAGAUACUUAAACCAAUGAGUGCAGUCGCGAUCGGAACCGACUUACGAUUUGACCUUUGCUUUGUAUGAACAUACUGAAGGCUAUGAUCGUUCGGUCCAGUGUCAGAUGCUGUACACCGGUCAGCCGGCAGUACCUCCGGGUUCAUGUCGGCUGGGCAGGGCGAUGGGGGGAGGCAGCCGGUACCAACAGCUCUUCUACCCAAACCGAUUCUCAUCCACGAACCAUCCACACUUCAGCCGUAUGCCAAAACAAAAACGUGCUUAAAAAGCUCAUCAACAAGUCCUUAACCAAGAAGAAGACUUGGUACGAGACUCCACCACCGAAACCUUCCCCUCUGAACCUGCCCAGCAGGAAGGACCACGAGGACAGUCACCGCUGCAAGAUCCUCAACACUAUCCUGUAUAAAGCUGUGACGGACCUGCUCACAUCAGCAGAGCUAGGCAGUGAACUGCAUACCUUCAGCCCAGAAAUAACCAAGGUUUCCCUUGCGCGAGACUUCUCCAACUGCCGUGUGUUCUGGAGAACCAGCCGAGACGCCCAGAGAGACGAGCUGAUUCAGAGAACCUUGGAGAAGAACGCAGCGCCGAUCAGGUAUCUGAUCAUGUCCCAGCAAAUUAUGGGUGGGGUUCCUCCUAUUGUGUUUCUCCGGGACAAACAGCUUGCUGCUCUUGAUGAGGUGGAUAUGCUGCUCAAAAAUGCUGACUUUGGUCCGGAUCAGCCAGAAGACAGGAUAACGGUUGCAGAGGAAGCGGGUCCCGUCUCACACUCGGCUCGGCCGGCGCUGUACGGCAUCGACCACGGGCUGCUGAACAAGCAGAUCACUGACUGGUGCCAUCAGUCCAAAACGGAAGCGCACAGCCAGUCCCACGAACUUCAACAGGAGCAGCUGUUUGCUAUCGAAGAGCACAAGAGACAACAGAUCAUCAGGAAGAGGAAGAGGAAGGCGCGGCCACGGGACGAUGACAUCUCUCCCCGGGACUUCCUACUGGCUCAGCAAGACAUGGCCACGCCCCGAGGGCGGGGUCAGAAACCAAAAGAGGAGGAGCCAGAGGAGGGCAGCGCCUUCAGGGAGGAGGAGGCCCAUCUACGAGAACUCGCUUCCCUGGAGGAAAACAAGAGCUCAUAACAGACGAAUCACAGCCCAGCGACGUUUCAAGUCGUAUAGACCUCUGAAGAAUAAGUCCCGCCUCCGAGGCUCCGGUUCCCUCGGUCAAAUGUCUAUUGGACUUAUUCUUCAGAGGUCUGAUGGUAAAAAAGAUGAACUGCAAUAGUAUGUUUGAAUGCAUUUGCCUUAUGGUUAAAUAAACAAUGAGUGUUGUAAGUUA